UUUAUUCAGUAUUGUUACGUUACUUACUAAAUCGAUAUGAAAUAAUUGUAUUGCCAAUAGUUUAUACGAAGGAAAUUGUGUAGCGUUGGGUUUUUGUUAAAUUUAUUCAUUCCUUUAACGUUUUAAAUUUUACGCUUCUGCUCUCUACAAAUACUGUAGCACAUAAAAAAUGGAGAACGUCUUAGAAAAGCAGUUGAUGAAAGUUGCUGAAUCAAUUGAACAAAAAAUUGAUCAAGAAAUCCAGCGCCUUGACGAGUUAGAUUUAGACAGUAUUGAAAAUAUACGUGAACACCGUUUACAACAAAUGAAAAAAAUGAUUAAAAAAAAAGAAGAAUGGAUGGCUAAAGGACAUGGGGAAUAUGAAGAAUUGAGCGAUGAGAAGAACUUUUUUGAAAAAUCAAAACUUAGUCCUAAUAUGGUAUUGCAUUUUUAUAAAGAUGGAUCAACUCGAUGCAAAAUAAUUGAUCAUCAUUUAAAAUUAUUAUGCAAACAACAUUUGGAAACACGUUUUUGUAAACUAAAUGUUACGCGUUUUCCAUUUCUGACAGACCGCAUGAAAAUUCGAGUGAUACCAACUUUAGUUUCUGUAGUUGAUAGUGUGUCAAAAGACUUCAUUGUUGGUUUUACUGAAUUGGGAAAUUGUGAUGAUUUCUCAACUGAGAUGUUGGAAUGGCGUUUGGCACAAUCACAAGUUAUUGAUUAUAAGGGUGACCUUUUGAAUCCACCAGAUAUCACAAAAAAUAAUCGAACAUUAUUAUUGGAAAAGAAAAAGACAAUAAGAGGUCAAACAGGACAUGACUCUGAUGAUUUAGAUUCAGAUUAAUUAUACAUUAAAUGUAAAAUGAACUACUUAUUGAAAUAUACUAAUAUAAAUAAUAACAAAUUUUAAUACUUUUAUAAUUUUUACUUAUGAUUAUGAUCUCAUAUUUGAGUGAUUAGUAGAUUCAUAAUUUUUAAAUAUUUUUUUCUCACUUAUAAAUGUUAUUUAUAUCAUUAUGCUACACAAUAUUUUUAAUUUUUUUUUUUUAUUAAUAUUCCAUUUGGUUAUGUAUAAUUUCUGUUAUUUAUGUUAUAUAAAUACAAUAGAGAUUAAACUUAAGGUUAUUGAUGUACUUAUUUUUUUAUGAAUUUUUUAUAGUUUUAUGUAUUUUAAAUCAAAAAACAAAUUUCAGUCUCCUAAUAGAUUUAACUUUAAACAAAAAAUAUUAAUCCCUCUAAUUGAGAAUAUGAUACACACUAAAACUAAAUGUGGCACCUGAAACAGCAGCUGAAUAAAAUUGUUUGGUUUUUUUUUUUAAACACA